AUGUUGCCGGAACAAUCUGGAGCAGCGGCGCUGCUAGCAACCUCAUUGCAGGCGGAACUGAGUGAGACUGAAGUAACGUCCCAGGAAUUCUAUGCUGUGGCUCCGGGUCAAAUUGAUAAUGACGAGUAUGCACCACCAUCCAGACGACUCAAAACACAAUUGUGGUGUCCGGAUAUCAUAGGGGAUUCUGUGGAAGCCCAUUCACUUGGUGCAACACUGUUUUCUAAACACGUCCAGAACGAGCAGAUUCCUAUUGGUAGUAUUAUCCUUUUAGGAAAUCCUUUUGUGAACAACUGUAGAUCUGCUCCGAGUGGACCUCGAACGGGAGACGAGUCAAAUGAAUUUUCUGUUAAUGCCAAGCUACGUUCUUCAACCAACCUUUCGUUGCCAAAUCCUCCAACUACUGUUUUCUGUUUGCCAUGGAUAAGCGCGUUUAGUGGGUCAGUUAAUGUAAAGAGAGCCACUAAGAGCCACUAUUCUGCUCAAGACAGACCCACUGCUGCAACCAAGAAGUCGUACGGACGCAUAGGGUAA